GAAAAACCAUCAAAAUUCCACCACAAACUCCUACGUCCACCAACUCCAUGCCAGUCUCAGUGGUCUGUGAGACUACGGCAAAUGUUAAUGCCGCCUUAAGGGAGGAACUGUUCGGUUCGGCGGCAGGCUGCUCUGCAGCUGCCAACAACAAAGCCGCAGCAGACGAAGCUAAAACAACAAAUGGCAGUACAGGGCUUGCAACAGACGAAAGCGAUUCGUUGCAUGGCAAAUUGGUGGCGUCCGCCAAACGGGUGCUGCUCUCAAAAAUCGAGUACGAAGAGGUCACCAACUAUGGCCAAUCGGUUUUGGAAAGUCUAAAAUCAAAAUAUAUAGUAUUGAAGCCAACGACUGGUAUGAAUAAUGGCCAGGAAAAUGGCAGAAACUCUCCAGCAGCAACCUGUAAUAAUAACAACAAUGGCGUGAAUGGUGACAGCAGUGCUGCCGGUAAGCAUGCCAAUGGUAAUACAGCUGCUGCAACAACACCGGGCAAACGGCCCCAACAACCGCAGAAUCCCAAUGAGCUGCCUGCACCGAAACGUGUACUCUUUCCACGUGAAAACGUACGCAUUGGCUGGAAGGCCACCGGUCGUAAGUGGGAUGUCGGAGUGGGCAUGAUGAAUGUGGGCAAUACCUGCUAUUUGAAUUCAACACUGCAAGCCUUGUUUCAUGUACCCUCCAUGGCCAAUUGGUUAAUGUCCGACUCGGCGCAUAUGGAGAGGUGCGAGUCCACCGAUUCGGGCUGUAUUAUUUGUGCAAUGGCCAAAACCCUACAGGCCUCACAGAACAGCCAAUCCGCCAUACGUCCCUAUUUUGUUUACUCAAAACUAAAAUCCAUUUGCAAGCAUUUGGUAAUGGGUCGACAGGAAGAUGCCCAUGAAUUUUUACGCUAUUUGGUCGAGGCCAUGGAGAAAUCCUACUUACAGCGAUUCCGCAACUAUAAGGAGUUGGAUCAGUACAGCAAAGAGACAACACCAUUGAAUCAAAUUCUCGGCGGUUAUUUGAAGACAUCGGUCAAAUGUUUAUCGUGCCAGCAUGUAUCUGUGACAUUUCAACAUUUUCAAGAUCUGUUGCUGGAUAUACGUAAAGCCGAUACAAUUGAAGAGGCAUUGGAGGGUUAUUUUGCACGAGAACGCCUUGAAGAUAUGGGCUAUAAGUGUGAAGCGUGUAAGAAAAAGGUCUCGGCCACAAAACAAUUUUCAUUGGAUCGAGCACCAAUUGCCCUCUGCAUUCAGCUGAAACGUUUCUCUAUGCUUGGCACUAAAAUCAAUAAACAAAUAACCAUCAAACCCCGACUGGAUCUUACAAAGUUUGCUUCUCGUAAAAUUCCCGGUGAACAAUUGACUUAUCGCCUGGUGGCAAUGGUAACCCAUUUGGGUGCUUCACAACAUUGCGGCCAUUACACAGCUAUUGGCCUUACAGAGUCGGGUACAUACUACAACUAUGACGACAGCUAUGUUCGUCCAAUAUCAAUGCAAAAUGUCUGCAAUACAAAUGCCUAUAUAAUAUUCUAUGAAAUGGAUACGCAACCACCAAGACAAGUAACGAGCACACAGGUUAGUGGCGCUGCGGCACAAAGUACAGUGACAAAUCUCAAGGAGUUGCAAACAACAAAGGUCAAUGGGCAUGUGGUCAACUCCAGUCCUCAGCGUAUAAUUGGACCACAAUUACCACCUGGUUUCAGUAAUGGAAACGUGUCCUCUUCACCCCUGACUAAUGGUGGUGGCAGCAAAUUAAUACUAAAUCGCAAUGCCACAACUCCCAACAAAAACAAUACGACUGCAUUAGAUAGUAAUAAAAUUACGAUUCACUUUAAGAAUAAUAAUAGUAGUGCUGGAACACCGGUAAAAACAAGCCUGGCAACAUCGUCACUUACCAGUGCCUCCGCCACUUCAUCCACAUCAACAACAGCGGCAGCUUCGAAUUCACUCUUUGAUAGUUUGAAAAGCAACAACAGCAAUAGUAACGGUCUCCAUGUUGUGGGGACCGGUAAAUUUCAAGAAUCUACGAGUACGAAGCAUUCACUGGGUGACCCAGCAAAUAAAAGACAAAUUAGUAAUGCUAAAAACGGUAACGAGAGUUCCUCCGAUGAUAACGACGACGAUGACGAAAAUGAGGUUGUAAGUUCAUCAACAUCAACACUGCCAAGUAUGCCUAAAUUGGGAUCUGCCGAAGUGAAUAGCAGCACCAAUAACACCUCAGCCAAAAAGGCGCCAUUGACUAAUGGCUUUGCCAAGAAAUCACCCGCCCCCAUUAUAAAAAGUCUCGUUCCAUAUGGAUCGGAAACAGACGACGAGACAGAUGUGACCACGCCAACAACCACAAAUGGAAUGUUGUCAUCAUCAUCAUCAUGUGAAACUAAACGUUUAGUAUCGAAUCCCCUAAAACGGCGGCAAAGUUCUUCGUCUUGGUCUAAUACGGGAUCAUUUUCGUCGUCAGAAAACGAUGAUGAUGAUGACGAUGAAAAUGACAAAGAUUGCAAACCGACGACUGGUACUAAGAUUAAGAAAGCUGCCUCAUCAACCACGGCGACUAGCGCCGCUGCAACCGACUCAUCUUCGGUACAUUACAAUGGUAUCAGUUCAAAGAAAUCUUCGGAUGUUAUAGAUGAAAUUUUCAAUAAACGUUCCAUAAUCACCACGACGACUACAGCCACAAAUUGUUUAUCACCACUCAAAAAGAAAUCACAAAAUCAACAGUUUACCGUUACCUCUACAACGCCCACAAGUGACACCUCUUCAUCUGCCUCAAAUUCCGAUUCGGAAGAUAUUAAAACAAAAUCAUCAUCAUCGUCGUCUCUAAAACCACAAUUCAAGCGAUCAAAUUCAACGCCUCCUUCUCCGCCGGUGGUGAAGACAAAUUCGGGCAUUUGGCAAGUUACUUCACUACAUCCCAUUAGCGCCUGUGUCAGCCCGACCACAACCACACCAUCAUCAACAGAGAAAUUAUCUAAAAAUCCCAAAAAUCCAUUUGCCACCACAAAAUUAUCGAAUGGCGGUGGCGGAGACACAACGUCGACGAAACGUCUUAAAAAAGAAAAUUCAACAGGCAAAGCAAAUUUCGUGGGCAAUGGUUAUCAGCGAGAAACUGCCACAGACACAACUGUCUCAGAGCUAUUGAAGCAAUCACAUCGUGGCUAUGGAGCACCCGUCUUAACAUGGAAUGGUCAACAAAGUGAAAUUGAAAGAGAGAUUAUAACAGAUGCACGUGAACAGCGUCAACGUGAUUGGGAGGAUGAUGAAGAAAACGAAAUGGAUCGUGGACGUCAGAAGAAGGUGAAAGCCCCAAAAGAUCCACAUGCAAAUGCCCCUACGCCAGGCUAUAAUCCAUUCCAGGAGCAGGAAAAUCAAAAACGUUGGAAACGUUAUCAUCAUGUCGGUGGCGGUGGUGGUUUUCGACAGAAUUUCCAUCGCAAUAAAUUCAAAUUUCAAAGAUUUCCCUAUAAGUUUGUCCGAAAGAAUAUGAUUAGUAGUGGUGGUUGUAGUACGAACAACAAUACACAUAGACGCAAUGAUUCUUAA